AUGGAUCCACCACGGUCUAGCACAUCUAACCCCAUAAUCCGUCUACCUCAUCGUCCUCAGCCCCAAGCCCCAGUGGAUUUCAUUCAUGAUUUGUAUAACACAAAUUAUGCAGAUCAGGAUGAAACACUUCCACCUGACUCACUAGAAGAAGAUGACAACAUUAACUUUGCUGAGCCUGCUAAUUUUUCACCCCCACCAACACCCAGAGAGAACGAAGAAGAUGAUAUAGAUAAAUUUCGCCAGACUCAUGUCAUUUUACAUCAAUUAGACUCAGCUGGACACAAUGUACCUGCUCAUCUUCAUUACAAUUCAAGAACUGAUCGACGUCGGUAUAACCUACCAACUGCAGAUGAGAUUGCGAUUGUAAUACCAGGUGAUGGAACAGAGGCAAGUGGAAUGAGAGAUAUUAUCUUACAUUUUCGAGGAAAUAAUGAGUUGAUGCAAAUUAAUGAAUGUCACCCAGCAUAUUUGCCAUUACAUUAUGUUCUAUUAUUUCCAUAUGGUGAGCUUGGAUGGGAACCUGAGCUGAAAUUGUGGAAUGUUCAGUAUGAUCGACCUUCAACUGAUCUACUUACUCAAAUGGAUUUUUAUAAUUAUCAUUUGUUUGAACGACCCACAGAGUAUUCAACAAUUUUGAGAGGUGGGAAACUAUUUCAAGAGUUUUUGGUAGAUGCUUGGGCUGCAACUGAGCAAAAUCGAUUGACAUACUACAAGCUUAAUCAAGGGAAACUUUGGGCUAAGCUUUACCAAGAGUUGUCAGAUAUGGAUCCAGAUUAUGUGCAACCUGGUCAAAUUGGUCAAAGGUUUGUUUUGCCAUCUUUAUUUACUGGUAGUCCUAGACAUAUGUUUGAAAAUUUUCAAGAUUCAAUGGCUAUCACGCGAUACAACCAACACCCAGGUAUUUUUCUGACCAUGACUGCAAAUCCCAAUUGGCCAGAAAUUACUUCAGCAUUAUUACCACAUCAAAAACCUAUUGAUCGUCCUGAUUUAAUUGCCCGUGUUUUUGAGUUGAAGAGAAAAUGUUCGAUGAAGGGCUCAGACAAAAUUCAGACAUGUGCUCAAGUAGACAAAUUAGUCUCUGUAGAAUUUCUAGACCCAAAAGAUGAUCCUAUGCUUUUUGAAACUAUCAAAUGUACUAUGGUACAUGGACCAUGUGGUGCUCGAAAUCCACAAGCACCAUGUAUGGAAAAUGGUAGAUGCACUAAGAGAUACCCUCGAGUUUUUAUGGAAACAACAACUAUGGAUCAAGAUGGAUACCCUAUCUAUCGUUGUCGCAAUAAUGGUCAAGUACAUACUGUGAGGGGGCAAGAAGUUGAUAACAGGGAUGUCGUACCAUACAAUGCAUAUCUUUCUAAACUUUUCAACUGUCAUAUAAAUGUGGAAGUUUGUGCUGGGAUGAGAUGUGUCAAGUAUAUACAUAAGUACAUUUAUAAAGGUUAUGAUCGUACAACGAUGGUGUUAGGAAUGAUAAAUGAGAUUCAACAAUAUCUCGAUGCAAGGUAUAUUGGCCCUCCAGAAGCUGCUUGGCGAAUAUUUGGUCAUCCUUUGCAUGCAGAGAUGCCAACAGCUGUACGAUUGGCACUUCAUUUACCUGGAAUGCAUCGCGUUGUUUUUAACCCAUAA